CCUUACAUAUCUUCCCCCUGAGGACGUGGAAAACAGAGGCAAAGGUAGCCCAAAAGAUGAAGAUAAGCUGGUCUGCGUAUGACACCUUUGAGGCUAAUUUCAAACCUUUGGUGGUCAUCGAGCUUGCAGAAAACACCAAAGAUGAAACCAAAGAAUGGUUGACACAAAAGAUUGUGGAGAAGAAGAAAAAUGGAGGAGCCCAACUUCUAAUUAAACCUUUGGUGGAAGAUGGGAAAAAAAUAGAUGGGAACCAGAACAUAUAUCUUGUCGGGGCAUCUCACUUGAGGCUACUUCUGGGAGCUGAAACAGUGGGACUGGUGAAAGAAUGUAACGAUCAUACAAUGAGAGCCUUUACAUACAGCAGUAGAAAAACUUUCAAGAAUUUUGCAGAGGACAAUCAUGAUUUCCUCACAAUGACAGAGUGUCAGUACAUCAUCAAACAUGAACUUGAAAACCUGAGAGCCAAAGCCGAAAAAAUGAUCCCUGGCUACCCACAGGCAAAGCUUUAUCCUGGAAAAUCAAUUAUGCGAAGGCUUCUAACCAAUGGUAUCUUAGUUCAUAUGUUUCCACUUCAUGACACAGAAGAAUUAAAGAAACUCGGGCACACAUGGUAUGGCCAGCUAAAAAUCAGUUACCAGCCUUUAGAUGAAAUUCGCAACUAUUUUGGUGAAACAAUAUCUUUCUAUUUUGCCUUUUUGGAGUAUUUCACAUUUGCUUUGAUUCCAAUGGCCGUUAUUGGGAUUCCUUAUUAUUUCUUUGCAUGGGAAGAUUAUGACAAGUACGUGAUUUUUGCAACCUUCAAUCUGCUUUGGUCUACGGUUAUCCUUGAAGUUUGGAAGCGUUGCUGUGCUGUGAUGGCCUACAAGUGGGGGACAUUGUUGAUGAAACGACAGUUUGAAGAACCAAGGCCAGGGUUUCACGGGGUUCUAGGCAUCAACCCUGUGACUGGGAGAGAGGAGCCCGUGUACUCCAGCUUCAAAAGACAGUUACGAAUUUAUUUAGUUUCCUUACCAUUUGUGUGCCUUUGCCUCUACAUCUCGCUGUACGUCAUGAUGAUUUACUUUGACUUGGAAAACCAAGCAUAUUUAUAUCAUGAAGCGAACCAAUCCGAUUUAAGCAACUUGCUGUUAUAUGUGCCUAGCAUAAUUUAUGCUGUUGUGAUUGAAGUUCUAAAUCGCAUCUAUCAAUAUGCUGCAGAGUUCUUAACCUCAUGGGAAAACCAUAGAUUGGAAUCUUCAUAUCAGAAUCACCUAGUUCUGAAAGUCUUGGUGUUCAACUUUUUUAACUGUUUUGCCUCUUUAUUCUACAUCGCUUUUGUCAUGUUUGAUAUGAAACUUUUGAGGCAGAGCUUGGCAACUUUGCUGAUAACUUCACAAAUCCUUAAUCAGUGUGUAGAAGCCAUACUCCCUUACUGUCUCCAAAAGAGACGGCACAAGAGGGUUAAAAAAAGAGUGAAGUCAUUACAAAUAGAUACCGACUUGUCUGUAUUUGAGCAAGUUAAUCUGGAAAAAGAAAUGGAUACCUACUUGGGUACUUUUGAUGACUAUUUGGAGCUAUUUUUGCAGUUUGGCUACGUGAGUCUUUUUUCGUGUGUCUACCCUUUAGCAGCUGUUUUUGCAGUGUUAAACAACAUCACAGAGAUGUAUUCUGAUGCCUUAAAAAUGUGCAGCAUCUUUAAACGACCAUUUUCAGAACCCACAGCAAGUAUUGGCGUAUGGCAGCUUGCUUUUGAAACAAUGUCUAUUAUAUCGGUCGUUACCAAUUGUGUCCUGAUUGGCAUGUCGCCCCAAGUAAAUGCACUUUUUCCGGACUCAAAAACAGAACUUAUCCUGAUCGUGGUGUUGGCAGAGCAUUUAAUCCUGGCAAUAAAGUUUCUUAUGGCAUUUGCAAUCCCUGACAAGCCGGAAGAUAUUCGGAUAAAACUAGGAAGGCUAGAAUUUGAAUCGCUGGAGGCACUCAAGCAGCAGCAAAUGAAGCUGGCAACAGAGUCCCUGAAAGAAGAAAAACCCUAAGAUGAUAUACUAAGCAUCUGUUGAUGAAUAACCACAGAUUUUCAGAUAAAGUAAUGCAGAAAAGGAAAAAUGCCACUGAUGUGCAAGCCAGCUUUGAAAGGAACAAGAAUUGUGAUCAAGCAAGCAGUGUGCUACCAGGAUGUCACCAAGCAUGGAUUUUGUAGUUUGUCUUAUUUUCACAACACUCUCUUAACGAAUGAUCAAGACAUGUUUCAAAUUUCCGUUUAUUUGUGAGAUAAUAUUAAUGGGUAAUGCAUUUCCCAUCGGCUUUUGCAAUAAAAUUUUACUUUGUAUGUUUUUUUUUACCCAUUAUGACAUAAGAUACUGCAUUAUGGACAAGGACUUAAAACCACAAUAAAUCAGUAAUGUAACAGUAGCGAUAUUAGAGUGUAUAAAGUUGACAUGGAAGUAAUUUAUGCACCAAUAAAGAGGUCAGUUUUAUUAAUUGGAUUUUUUUCAUUUGUCACACACAAUGAAUGUUUUUACAAUGAAGAAAGCCUAACGAUUGCUGGAAGCAACUGACUAAGAUCAACUGAUAUUUUUGUACCCACCAUACCAUGUAUAGCUUCUUGCUCUUGGCCUCUGUUCUGCUUAAUUUCACUGCUAUUUGUAAAAUUCUGUGUCAAGAUUGUCACAUCUUAAAUACAGGUAAGUUGCUAGAAGUACAUUAUAUACACAUACAGAAAAAUACAAGACUAGUUGCUUUCCACAAUAUUUAAUUUAUAUGCUACAGUAACUAUAUGCAACUUGUAAAGACAGCUUUAAGGGGUACAAGAAACUGUUACUUGCUCUAUAAUAGUUUGGUCCAAUAUAUUUUAAUGUAGUGGUUAUUUGCUCCCUCCUUUAACAUGACAACGUAAUACAACAUACAACACAUGCACAAUCAUUCACCUGUGAACAAAUGAAUAAAAAGACACUCAAGAUAACCUGUACACCCAGAGGUUCAACCAACCAUACACAACUAAAUAAGGCUAUUUUACAGCUAUGCAGCAUAAAUGGUCAACACUGCUGUUCUAAAGUGAGCACCAUAUAUACACAUUUGUAUAUAAAAACAAAACACACACACACCUGGGUUAGUCAAAAGGUGCCAUUCCAAGGCUGUACAGUGUGGAAAGAAUAUUUACAAAACUUGAAAAUAAAAAGCUGCAAAGUUUAUUGCCAAUGCCCUUUAUAAACUUUCUCCUACUUUUUAAUAGAUGCUCUGUGAACUAUCCAUAUUUCUGGCCCUUUAUAAGAUCCCUGCUCAAGAAAAUUUCAAGCAAAUAUGUUCUAUGGCUUCGCCCACACAGCUGUUUCUUCUGCAGCUUUCAACUGUUGAUAUCAUACUGGUAUAGCAUGGUAGGCUGUUUUAAAAUUAAACUGCAACAGCUUAAAAACACCUAAGUUUUAAGAAGUAGAAUGUUUCAUUUAUGACUUGCUGUAUUUGGGAAGAAAAGUAUAAGCCCCAACUAGGCUAAAUAUUAAAAUAUGCUAUACAAUUUAGACUUACAAAUGCAUCUCAAACUUGUUCACUUGGAAAUAAAUUGUGCUGAAUUCAAUGGAAUUUUUUUUUUGUAAGCAUGCCUUGGGGCUGAAUCAUUACCAAGACCUAGGUUAGUGUGAACAACGUAAAUCAUAACCAAACAUAAGUUCUUUGGUGCUCUGCAGACUACAAUGUAAAUGAAAUGCAUUCUUCUUGACCAUUUUGCUAGCAUUAAGAUACUAAAGUGUGUAAACUGUCUCAGACAUCGAUGCUUGUCUGGGAUGCUGCUACAUAAUACCAUCAAUUCUUACCAACAUUGCUUUGAAGACCCAGCACACACAGCAUGAAAAAAAUAACAUUCUUGCCCUUCACAAAAUUAGGAAUCUGCAAUAUAUUUUAUUCUAGAUAAAAGUCCACUAAAAAGUUCAUCUUGUCAAAAGUAUCCUUUUGUACAGAAAAAUGCCAACUAGUUCAUUUGCUAGCAUUUCAAUAGCAAGGGAUUAAAAAAGGUAUGCUAACAGCAGUGAAGAAUGUAGAAGGAAAUACCAAUUUUUUAUUAUUUGACUUGAUUUGGAGAGAGUGCUACUGAGGGAAAUUCAACUAGGCAACUAUUUUAUACCCAGCAAACUAAAUGUGAUAAUAAAAGAAUAUCUUGAAAUCUGCACUACUGUAUUCCAUGUUGCAUUCUGAAAUAUUAGACAUCAGAUUUACAAUGUAGCCCACUAGGCUCUCUGUUAAAUUUAAAAGAUCCUUACUCUGUUCUAAAUGCAGUAAUUGUUUCUAUUUCCAUCAAUUUCAUUUAAAAUAUUUGAUUAAACACCUGAAUUGUG